AUGAAACCAGAUAUUAGAGACCGUGAGUACAUGUAUCGACUGAUUAUCGGGUAAGAUUUCUCAAUUUCAUAUUUUCACGAAUUCGUUGUAUGUCAGGCAAUUGUUCUACGAUGGUCACCAGCAAAUCGCAAUGAACUUGGCGAAUACUCUGGGUUGUACAGCUCCUAAUCCACCUCCAUCGGAUAAACUUUUCCGUCUCGUCACCAUCGCGAAGCAGUUCGUUGAAGAUCCCGAGUACAAAGCCGAAGAACAGUCUAAUGCGGUAAAUGUUUAGAAGAUGUCAUUUCCAAGUUCUUGUUUAUUUAGGUGUUCGAGACUGUCUCGACGGGGUUAGAUCUGGAGUACGAUGCGGAUGUGCAGCCAGUGUCUCCGGAACCGUCUCAGUACGAGACAAUCUAUCUGACAGUUCACAAGGCGCCGUGCAGAGCUGCUGCCUUCAAUUCAGAUGGAUCCCUGGUGGCUACGGGAUCACAAGACUGUUCUAUAAAGAUAAUGGACGUUGAACGGAUACUGGCAAGAGAAAGAGAGCAUCGCGAAAUGAACGAAAACGGACCGGAUGCUCAUCAUCCAGUCAUCAGAACCCUCUACGACCACGUCGACGUAAAGCAGUAUAAAAGAACCAGGCUUCUUCACUUACUUGUUUUUAGGACGUCAAUACAAUGAUUUUUCAUCCGCGAGACGCUAUCCUGAUUUCUGGCUCGAAUGAUAAAACAGUAAAACUGUUCGACUUUUCGAAAACCGCUGUGAAAAGGGCAAUGAAAACUUUAACGGUAAUUUUUUAAAUUGUUCUCAAAACCUACGAUCUGCUUCAGGAAGUGUAUCCAAUUCGUUCACUUUCCUGUCAUCCUGGCGGAGAAUUUCUGCUCGUGGCCACCGAUCAUCCGACUGUUCGUCUCUACAACAUCGAAACUGCUCAGGCCUAUGUGUCGGCGAUGCCGGAAGAUCAGCACAGAGAACCUGUCACUGAUGUAAGCUGUUCCAUACAUUCUCCUUUUAAUAUUCACGUUUAUUCAGGUUCAUUACUCUGAAAAUGCUCGUCUGUACGUGACCUCAUCGAAAGACGGAGACGUCAAGAUUUGGGAUGCGGUCUCGAAUCGCUGUGUUCAAACAUUCAAAAGAGCGCACGAUGGAUCUGUAAUCUGCUCGGCCAAGUUCACGAAAAACGGAAAGUACAUCUUGACCAGCGGAAUGGAUAGUGUCGUCAAGUUGUGGGAAGUCUCCACCAAUCGUUGUCUCAUUGUGUAUACUGGAGCAGGAGCCACCGGAGCACAAGAUUUCAUGACUAGCGCUUCCUUCAAUCACAAUGAGGAUUAUGGUAAUAAUGACUGCCUGAAAUGCUAAUUAACAUCCGAUGCUUUCAGUGCUGUUCCCCGACGAGAAAAGUGGAAGUAUGUGCUCGUGGGAUGCGCGCAAUUCCGAUCGCAAGAGACUUCUGGCUCUCGGUCACACCUCUUCAUGCCGCACUUUCGUCCACUCGCCCUCAAUGCCCGCUUUUAUCACAGGAAGUGACGACCAUCGUGCUCGCUUCUGGUACCGAAAGCCGGCGACAAACGAACACUGA